AUGGACGCCUCUUCAUCAACAAUCUACUGCGCCUCUGAACCCAGCGAAAACGAUCCUCCCUCAAGCCCGCCGUUCGCCCGGUCAUUCACAUCAUCGAGCGGUCCUUCUCCGGUGAAGGCAGGCGCGCACGGCUACGACUCGCGAACACGAUCGCGACGACGAGAUGACGAUGCGCCGAGGGGGAGAAGGGGGUGUAACUCGACCGCGUUCCGUAUCAUCGCCCUCCUCACACUCAUGCUCCUCGCCAUCUGCCUUCACCUCGGAACCGACCUCUCCACGACAGCAGCAUCAAGCACAAAGCCCGCCUCGGUCCUCUCCAACCCCGGAUUCCGCAGUGAUAACAACCACAGUGCCCGCCUUUCGCCUUCCCACUCGCAGGGGAAAAGGCCAAAAGCAGCACUAAUCUCCCUAGUUCGCAACGCCGACCUCGAAGGGAUCCUCCAGAGCAUGCGCCAGCUGGAGUAUCGCUGGAACAGGCGGUAUGGGUAUCCUUGGAUGUUCUUCACCGAGGAGCGAAGCGGCUUCUCGGAGGCUUUCAAAAAUGCAACCUCCGCCAUAACAUCCUCUUCGACACACUACCACACGAUCCCGCCUGAGCACUGGUCUACCCCGGAAUGGGUUGAUGGGUCGCUGCAUCGGGAUUCGCUGGGAUAUUUGGAAGGAUUGGGGGUUGGGAAGGCUGGGAUGUUGAGCUAUCGGCACAUGUGUCGGUGGAACAGCGGGUUUUUCUACCUGCAUGAGGCGCUGGAGGGGCUCGAGCGGUAUUGGCGAGUUGAGCCUGAUGUGCACUUUUUAUGUGAUGUGGAGGAGGAUCUGUUUGAGGCGAUGAGGCGGAGGGGAUGGAAGUAUGCGUUUAACAUGGGGAUUUUGGAUGAUGGAAGGGGGUUUGUCGGGCUAUGGAAAGCAACAGUCGACUUCGCCCGCCGCCACCCCGAACACAUCCACCCGGACGCAGACUGGUCCUGGCUCGUCGACACUCCCCCACCAGAGCAUCCAAACGACGGCAGCGACACGUCAACAGGAACGUACAACGCAUGCCAGUUCUUCUCAAACUUUGAACUCGGCUCUCUCGAAUUCUUCCGUUCCGACGCCUACCAAGCAUUCUUCCACCAUCUGGAUCAGACGGGCGGGUUCUUCUAG